UCAUUAGCAACAGCACACACGUGUCACCAGAAUGCAGAAACGUGUGAAUUUUGGUUGCACAUUGAGCACAGACUGACAAUGGUAAAGGGUCGUAUUGCUGUUUUCCCCGAAAAUGGUCAACUCUACAGUUAUGAUACCGUCAACACUUCCGCCGCUACGCCAGUGGACUUAUCAGACGUUAUAACCGCUGAUGGCUGGGAAGGAUACCGUUUAGUUACAGUAGCUAAUAAUAGUUUACCUGGCCCACCUAUAGAAGUCUACGAAGGUCAAACUGUUGUUGUACAUGUGAAAAACUCAUUAACCAGCGAAUCUGUUACUAUUCAUUGGCACGGACUCCAUCAGACGGGUACCCCUUGGAUGGACGGCGUAGCUUUUGUUAGCCAAUGCCCCAUUCACCCCGGUGGGAGCUUCACCUACAGAUUCAAAGCUAAACCUAAAGGUACCUUUUGGUAUCAUUCACAUGUGGGCUCACAGCGAACCAUGGGUUUAUAUGGAGCGUUGAUCAUUCGUGAGAAAAAGCCAAUGGUAAUGAAAGAAUUGAUUGCCGUUAUUACAGACUGGAACCAUUGGGAUUCAGCGGAGGUUCAUCAACAGAUGCUUUACGGAAUGUACGAUCAUCGUGUGAAACUGAUUAGCACCGACUCACUGGAUGGUGGACAUUUCAGUUUGUUUCGAUUUCAAUCGGGUUUAAUUAAUGGCAAAGGCAGAUUAUAUGAUGGCAAUAAACAUAACGGGGCUCCUUUACAUAUAUUUAAUGUUACUGCUGGAGAACAAUACCGAUUUCGAUGGAUUGCAGCAGGUGCUCUCUACCCGUUUCGUAUAUCCAUUGAUGAACAUAAUCUCACCAUCAUUGCUUCAGAUGGUUAUGAUUUGAAACCAAAAACAGUUGAAUCACUAGUGAUAAAUCCUGGUGAGCGAUACGACUUUAUCAUUACGACAGACAAGCCAGUGGGAAACUAUUGGGUUCGCGCCAUCACUCUUGAGGUGAACGUCAAUCACACAGCGGAGGCCAUUCUUAGAUAUGAUACAGCUGCCAACAUGGAACCUGAUUCAAGCAAAAAGGCGUGCACGCAAGAUGAUAAAUGUGUUGUAGCAAAUUGUCCAUUUUCUUAUUAUCCUAUAGAAGCCAGUACCGUUUGCAUUCGAUUUGAUGAGUUUAAAGCCCUUCCUGAUAACGACCCUGCACCAAAAGGACAACUGGAAGAACGUUUCAUAAACUUUGCUUUUCCGGGAAGUAGCUGGUAUCCAAGCUCAGCCAAUGGCCGAUCAUUUGUAUAUCCACCAGUUUCAGCCAUGACCCAACCUCAAGAAUUAGGGAAGUAUCGUUGUGGUGAAGAAUGUACGGAGCAAACGAAUUGUCAUUGUUUCGGCACAAUGGAUCUGGAUCACAACAAGGUUUAUCAGAUAGUAUUUCUUAACAUGGGUAACGGAAAGGGUUGGGCUCAUCCAAUUCACAUGCAUGGCCACUCGUUCUACGUCGUCAAGAUGGAAUAUGGAUCAUACAAUGAAACAACUGGGAAAAUAAUAGAGGACAAUUUAGAUAUUGAUUGUCGUGGCGGUAAAGACAGGUCUAAAAGUUUCUGUAACAAUGCCACGUGGACGAAUUCAACGUGGUUUGGUGGUAGUGUCCCCGGUUUAGAACUGACAAAUCCGCCACGAAAAGACACAAUAAUCGUUCCAAGUGGGGGCUACGUUGUUGUAAGAAUUAAGGCGGAUAAUCCUGGGACGUGGUUUGUGCAUUGUCAUAUAGAUCUGCACGCAAGUGAUGGAAUGGCCCUUGUUUUAAACGAGUCUUUCCCACACCAUCCAAAAGCACCCAAGGGCUUUCCUAGAUGUGGCGAUUUCGACUAUAAUAUGUCCAACGAGAACAUGAAACCAGAUCCCGAGAAGGAGACCAUCGAACCUGCAGGUAAAUAUGUAUCAUGUUUGACACCAAGCACAACGAAUUAAGGAACUGCUAUUGGCUUAGAUAAUAGGA